ACUGGGUUUUUAUAUGAUGAAUUAAUGUUACAACAUCAAUGUGAAUUUGAUGAGAAAUAUCCAGAAUGUCCAGAUAGAAUUCGACUACCGUAUGAACGUUGUAAAGAACUAGGUUUGAUAGAUAGAUGUGUUAAAAUCCCUACUCGUUAUGCAACAGAAGAUCAGUUAUUACUACAACAUACACAAGAUCUACUACAUACUGCACAAGCUACUACAUCAUAUAGUUUAGAUGAACAGAAACAGUUCUCAGCUGCUAAUGAUUCUGUUUAUGUUAAUAAGAAAACAUAUGAGUGUGCUCUAGCAGCUUGUGGUUGUACCAUUGAAGGUGUAGAACAGAUUAUUAAAGAGAAAAUCAGGAACUGUUUUGUAAUGGUCAGGCCACCAGGACAUCAUGCUAUGGAAGAUGAAUUUUGUGGAUAUUGUAUGUUUAAUAAUGUUGCCAUAGCAACUAAAUAUGCAUUAGAAGAAUUCCAGCUGCAAAGAAUUCUAAUAGUAGAUUGGGAUGUACAUCACGGUCAAGGUACACAGAGAAUGUUUUAUGAUGAUCCCAGAGUUUUAUAUUUUUCAAUACAUCGAUAUGAACAUGGUGAAUUCUGGCCCAAUCUACGUGAAUCUGAUUAUGACUAUAUAGGUACUGGUAAAGGAAAGGGUUAUAAUAUUAAUGUGCCUUUAAAUAAGACUGGGAUGACAGAUUCAGAUUAUCUAGCUAUUUUACAACAAAUUUUAUUACCAGUAGCCUAUGAGUUUUGCCCACAGCUAAUUAUAGUGUCCAGUGGUUAUGAUGCUGUCAUAGGAUGUCCUGAGGGUGAAAUGAAUGUAUCUCCUGCAGCCUAUGCACAUUUUAUACAUAUGUUAAACUGUUUAGCAGACGGACGGGUCUGUGUUGUUUUAGAGGGUGGUUAUUGUUUGAAAUCAUUAGCUGAAGGCUGUGCCUUGUCUUUACGUGCCUUAUUAGGUGAUCCAUGUCCUUUUCUACCUUCAACUCAUGAACCUUGUGAUAGUGUGGUAGAAUCUAUUUUAAAUGUGAUAAAAGUAUUAAAACCAUAUUGGACAUGUUUUAUUGGUCAGGGUGAUUUAGAAGAGGUAGAAGUUUGUGAAUAUGAUGAAUUUUCUACAGAAGAAAAUCGGCCUAAAGAAUUUGAAAUUAUGGGAAACUAUCCUACUCAGUCUGCUGAGGUUAUAUCUACAUACGAACAGAAGAUAGCUGAUUUGAUAGCAGAAGUCAAGUUAAACAUGGCUCCUCACAGAACUUGUCUUGUAUUUGAUGCUGAUAUGAGAUCACAUAAAAAUAUCUUUAUGAACCAUCCAGAAAGACCAGAUCGUAUUUCUAGUAUUUAUAAUUUCCAUGUUGAAACCAAACUACUACAAAGAUGUUUACGUGUACAGUCUCGAGAAGCUACAUUGGAUGAAUUGGCUACAAUACAUAGUAUAGAUUACAUCAAUGAUCUCAAAUUAACCAGAGAAAUGUCUGAUUUUGAGUUACGUAACCUUCAAACCAAGUUUAAUUCUAUCUAUCUCUGUAAGAAGUCAUAUGAAUGUGCUUUGUUAUCAGCUGGUAGUGUUUUAAAUGUUGUUAAUACAGUUUUAUCAGGGAAGUCACAAAAUGGUGUAGCAAUUGUCAGACCUCCAGGACACCAUGCAGAAGUUGAUAGAUGUAUGGGAUUUUGUUAUUUUAAUAAUGUUGCAGUAGCAGCUGAAUAUGCCAAACAACAAUUUGGUUUAAAAAGAGUAUUAAUAGUAGAUUGGGAUGUUCACCAUGGAAAUGGUACACAACAUCAGUUUUAUGAUGAUCCUAGUGUUUUAUUCAUAUCCUUACAUCGAUUUGAUAAUGGGUUUUUCUACCCAACCAGUGCUGAUGGAGAUUAUUUUAAUGUUGGAACAGGAGAUGGAGAAGGUUUUAAUAUUAAUAUACCAUGGAAUCAUAACAGAAUGGGUGACAGUGAAUAUAUUGCUGCUUUUCACCAUAUUAUAAUGCCAAUAGCUCUAGAGUUUGCUCCAGAACUAGUGUUAGUGUCAGCAGGUUUUGACAGUGCUCAUGGUGAUCCUCUGGGAGGAUAUAACGUCAUGCCUGCUGGAUAUGGUCACAUGACUCACAUGUUAAGUCAAUUAGCCAAUGGGAAGGUGGUUGUUAUCUUAGAGGGUGGUUAUAAUUUGAAUUCAAUAUCUGUAUCUAUGGCAACAUGUACCUCUGUCUUAUUGGGAGAUCCCUGUCCAAAUAUUGGACCACCUGAACCAUGUAAUAGGUGA